UUUUUUUGUUGAGUGUAUGGUAAAGUGAAAUGGCAUUUGUUGAAUUUUAAAAGCACGUAGCUUUACCUGAGCGCAGAGCAACAAAUCAGACAGCGGGCCAAACAUUUCAUUCAGCUUGCAAAUAAUAAAAUACCGCAACAACAAUCUGGAGAAAAUAUUUGAUAAACAGGGAAGACAGCAAUUCAUCAAGAGCAAAGCAAAACAAUAACUUUAAUCAACAGAAAUCACAAGGCCAAUGAGCCAGUGACAUAGCAUGGCUGAAGCAAACAACACGCAACAGGCGAUGGUCAGCAGCAGUGAACAAUUUAAUGGUCGGCACUCGGCAUCACCAGCACGUACUAUAGACUCACAUGACUCGACAACGGGCAGCAUGGAUACGAUUGUGGAUCGCAGUCUAAAUCGAAAUAAUCUGUUGCAAGUGACCAAUACCAUUGAGCAAAACACCAAUGCGACCAAUGACGACAGUAGCUUGACUAACUCACAAAUAGCGAUUCUACGAAGGGAUUCUCAGCAGGGUCAGCAGAAGCAGGAGCAAGUGGAACAGGAUGAACGUCAGCAUGUUGAUGCUCAGAGCCAUAUAUACUCCAGUCCUGUCUACGAUGAGAAACCUUCGCCUCCAUUGAUGCUAACGGCUGCUACAUUGCUGGCCAAUGCGCUAAAUGAUAAGGAUGAUCAAACAAAGAAGUCAAAGCUCAUAAGCCACGAAGAGUUUAAGCACCAACUGGAAGAGGCAUCGAUCCCACGUACCCCGGUCAAGAGUGUUAACAAUACCAUCGAUUCUCGCAUCAGCAAAAAGCAACGCUGUCCACCGGAAUUUAUCAAGUAUAAGGGCAGCAGUGGCAAUGGUACCAGUGAUAAUGAAGCCAAUGGCUCCACAUUAUCAGCCAAGGCGCGGCACAAGCAUCGGGCCAGCAAUGAAUGCUGCUCCGCAUUUCCAUUGCAAAUCAUGUUAGGUACUUUGCAACUGGUUUUGGCCAUUUCAUUGAUGGCGCUCGGCUCCCUGUUAAUAGUGCGCGACACGGCCUUGUCAAUGGCCGGUAUUUGGACAGGUUUGAUUGCAGCCAUCACCGGUUCGUUGGGCGUGGUCAGCAUGCGCAAAACCCAGACGGCCUUUCUUGCGCUCAGUUUGGUAUGCAUUGCCAGCAGUACGUUGGCGCUGGCCAUUUCUGGUGUGGGCCUGUCGCGUGACCUCAAUCGCAUGGCCGAACAAAAGAGUGAACAGUUUGACCUGAUGAAUGCCCAUAGCGAGGUUCCAGCUGCUUGCGGACUAAUAUUUGUCAUAUUUUUACACUUUCUGAUCAGCAUUGUUUCGGUUUAUCGCUGCGCUCUGCAGAUUUGCACAAAAUCACAACCUAAUGAGCUACGCGAUGUCAUAAAGUCAAGCGAAUCGUCAAUAGCAUUGGAUCAACAAAAGGCGGACCAGUACAUUAAAGCAACGUCUUUAAAUGUCAAUGAAAAGGUUAGCCUACAGGUAAUAGAAAAAUUCUUCAGCUGUGAAUGGUUCUCUUAUCAUUCUGUUCAGGUAAACAACAAGAAACUGGCAGCCUUGUGGAUGUAUGCCACACACAUCGGCACGUUCCCACUUCCACAGAAAUCAGGGCGUAAGCUUACGCCCGCUUCACGUUCCAUUAUGCUCAUACCAGCUACAGUUACCGGCAAUGUGAUACAACCACGCAUGCCUCCCAGCCUUGGGGCUAGCAUGCUGCAGCCGGCUCACCCACCACACUAUAGAGGCAUGACACUACCCCACCUGAGACCGCCUGUACUCUAUGCCCAUCCGGUUAGUUUAACGGACACCUAUCGCGCCAAUAAGAGCACCAAGCUGACAGAGUUCAAUGAGCAACGACGACGUGGUCGUGCUGUUGACAACUCCGAGACAGAUGUGUUGAGUGGUGCUCAGAACUUUCAAUAUACUGGCAUGGAUCGCGCGAUAGCUGACAGUUUCCUGGAACGCCAGGAGCAAUCGCAAUUCAACAGCCACAUUGACUACUCCUCAUCCUCGUCCUCAAUGCACAGCGAUGUCUACAGACAGAAGGCAGCUGCCCGCUCCCAUACUUCAAGCAAAGCCAAAAUUGUAUGCCGCGAUGUGAUGAUUUAGGUCCACCUGUGGACCGAGUGGUCCCAAAUUAUUUUCAGUAACUUUUAUAAAUAGCUUCUUCGAGGAACCGCCAAGAAACCAA